GCAAGCUGCCCGGCUGAGAACAGCUGUCGGUGUUUUGGGCCUCGGCCUCGGGGUGUUUACGACCGAAGCCCUGUAUUCAGGGAACGAACGUUUCUAUCGGCAAGUCGUUAUGCCAACGUUGCAUGCACUGGUUCCGGAUGCAGAACUAGCUCAUUUUCUCGCUGUACGCGCCACUAAGUUUGGUAUUACACCCUCAAAACCGCAGAAUGCCUUCCCCUUUUUGAAUUGUAACGCAUUUGGUCUUAACUUUCAACAUCCCGUUGGGAUGGCGGCCGGUUUCGAUAAAGAUGGAGAGGCUGUAAUGGGUCUUUUGAAAAUGGGUUUUGCCUUCGUUGAGGUUGGAACAGUCACUCCUUUGCCUCAACCAGGAAAUCCUCGACCCCGCAUAUUUCGUUGGAAAGAGCAUGAGGCGGUUUUAAAUCGGUAUGGUUUCAACAGCCAGGGACAUGAUGCAGUCUAUGAACGGUUAAAAUCUCGUCCUUGGGAAGGUAUGGGCAUCGUCGGAGUGAACCUCGGAUGCAACAAAAAUGCAGCCAAUCCCGUGGCCGAUUUUGUGGCCGGCGUAGAAAAGUUCGGCGAGGUGGCGGAUUAUCUUGUGAUUAAUGUGUCCAGUCCAAACACACCGGGAUUGAGAGCAUUACAGCGCAAGGAAAGUCUGCGGAACUUGUUGACUCAAGUUUUGGACGCGCGUUCUCGUUUAAAGAAACGGACGCCCAUCUUACUAAAAAUAUCCCCCGAUGAAAGUGAUCAGUCUCUGAAGGACAUUGUCGAAACUGUUCUUGAGCCUUCGACUCGAAUCGACGGUCUAAUCGUUUCGAAUACCAUGUUGGCCUCGUACGAAGAGGCAGUCGCAUGUCAUGCUGUCCCCGCGGGAGACAAUGCAUCCCCUGUGGAAAGUCCUGCGCUGGGAGGCUUGAGCGGGCGACCUCUCUUUGCUCGUUCCACUGAAUGCUUGGCCAAAGUGGCCGCAUUGACCAAAGGUGAACUUCCACUAAUUGGAGUCGGGGGAAUUAGUGAUGCGCAAGAUGCACUGGAGAAGAUGAAAGCGGGCGCCUCACUUGUCCAAUUGUACACGAGUAUGAUUUUUCAGGGACCACCAGUUGCCCAUCGAAUAGCGAAAGGUCUCUGUGAAAUGACUCAGAAAUGAGUGUACACAUGUAUAUUUCUUUAUUACAAGCUUUGCUAUCCA